GAUUGGAGCUAUCCCAUGAGGAGAGAGAUGCAGGAAAUUUUACCUGGGUUAUUUUUAGGCCCAUACUCUUCGGCUAUGAAAAGCAAGCUACCUAUACUUCAGAAGCAUGGCAUAACCCAUGUCAUAUGCAUACGGCAAAACAUCGAAGCCAACUUUAUUAAACCAAACUUCCAGCAGCUGUUUAGGUAUUUAGUCCUGGAUAUUGCAGAUAAUCCAGUUGAGAAUAUAAUACGAUUUUUCCCUAUGACUAAAGAGUUUAUUGAUGGAAGUUUACAAAGUGGAGGAAAAGUUCUUGUCCAUGGAAACGCAGGGAUUUCUAGAAGCGCUGCCUUAGUCAUUGCGUACAUCAUGGAAACGUUUGGGGUGAAGUACAGGGAUGCGUUUACUUACGUUCAAGAAAGAAGGUUCUGUAUUAAUCCCAAUGCUGGAUUUGUCCAUCAACUUCAGGAAUACGAAGCCAUCUAUCUAGCGAAACUGACCAUCCAGAUGAUGGCUCCGCUGCAGCUGGAGAGAUCCCUCUCUGUUCCACCUGGUACCGCAGGAAGCUUAAAGCGGAUGCACGAAGAGGACGAAGAGCUUGGAACCAUGCAAGUGGCAGCAGCACAGAAUGGAUGAGGGCAGCACUGCUUGCAUUGCGAACUCCUGCCAAGAAAGUUCCCCAGAAGCUUUGCUGAGGGACAGUCCCUCCAGAGCAAGCCUGACCUUAGCCUGUGUCAAGGCUACUUAGAGACCUGUUACAAACAGCAGAUUCUGGCUUGAAAAAUCCUGCCUGGAUUAAAGCGUGCUGCUCGAACAGAUGCUGGUGACAGCCAAGGAAAUCCUCCUGCAGUAAGUCAAGGCUGUCAGUUGAGCCAGGACACCUGGGCUGAGGCUUUGUAGCCGAACAAUCUCCUCUCAUGUGGAAUGUGAAGGCCCUGUGUGUGUAUGAGGAGGGUUCACAGCUCCAGUGGAGCUGAACCCAGUGUUCAGCAGCACUUUCCCUUUAUUGCCAUUUGUCCUCUGCCACCUGCUCCGGUGAAGGAGUUAUGUAAAUUCUGAAGAAAAAAAGUCUUUCGGAAACGUAUUGUGCUUUAGUCAGGAAACUUUCAGCUUGAAAAAGAAGCCUUAGUGUUUUCUCUUUGAGAAUUCCAACUCGUCAGUGUUACACGCCAGCUAAGCGCACAGCGCUAGCUUUGCAGUUGUAGGGGUUUAGUGCUGUUUACUCUCUUUAUAAGAACAUUUCUGGGGCUGUUGGGAAAUUAAAUCCUCAGCCGCCUCCCCACUUACCCUGCAAUGCUACCAGCUGGCUGUGCAGGUCGUGGAUGCCUCCCUUGUGCUGCCAGCUUCUGAUGAAGCAAGGGUGGGAACCAGAACUUCUGAGUAAAGCUGCUUCCUACUUCAGCUCCCCUGGGCCUCCUUGGGAAAGAGCAGGGAUGAAACACAGACAGAAGAACGCUACUGAUUCAUCCAGCCAUCCCCUGCCAGAGAGGCUUGUUCAUGUCUGGUCUGGUGCUUGUUAUCUCACUGGGGUCCUGGUGUUUCCUUGGGGAGGCUGUUUCACAAACUGUUAGGCUUCAUGACUAAGGAUUUCCCACCAAUCUUCAUUCCAUUACUGGCUGCUAGACUCAUUGUGCUCUGUCUGCCUGCUGCCCUGCAGACAACAGAUCUAAAGGGAUUCUCAGAUCACAUUUCCUUUUAAAUAUUAUCAUUUGGCUUUGUAUUUAAAGCUGUCAUUUCAUGUGUCUCGAUUAGCUCGCUGAUAGUAGGUAUUUUCAGGUACCAUUUGCUGUCUGAGGUGAAACCAGAGGUGGCAUUUGGCAGCAAGCAUCCCUCCUUGUGGCCUUCAGGUAUCAGUGCAGGCUGAAUUUUCUCUGUUCCUCAGGUCCAGAGUUGCAGUACUAAAGAGUCUUUGGGAUCCACAACUGUAUGUUAAGAUAGAAGAUUUCCCUUUCCAUCUUAGGGGGAGCUGGCUGAAGGAAGGAGCUAGAGAUAGCAUAUCACAUGUGGAGAACUGCAAACCAAGGAAUGAAGGCUUAAGGAACAGGUGACACCGAGCCUUAGAGAAGCUGGUGGUGAAGUCCAGGCUACUGGAAAGCAUCUCCCUGUUUGAUUUCUGACAACAUCCGUGUCUCUGAGUAGGUCUUGUCCUUCCUUUUGAGCCUAUUCUAUUAUAGGGAAAGUAGCUCUAUCAGUUGUAAAGACACAUGUAUUUGAAUACCCCCUGCUUCUGUUCCUGUGAACUGACAGAUUAAAAUGCAUGUGCCUGCAUGCACCCUGUAUUUUUCCAGCUGGCUGAGGCAUGCCUGAAACCACAGUGACACUUGUAUGUCACCAUCCAGACUGUUACCACCUCUAAGAGCACCUGCCAGCACUUUGCAGAGCCCUUCCCUACCACGCAGGGUUGGUGGUGCCUGUACCAGCUUAACAAUGUAUUUGUAAAAGGCCCAUUGCUCUCUCCCACUAUUCCUCCAGAGGGAUUCCUGACAGCCUAGCAGUUGUUAAACAGUACCUUUCCUCACGCAGCAUAGAUCUUCUGUACCUCCUUCCAUUCCCAAAAGGUUGGGCUGCCAAAGUUGGGAACGUCACCUCUAGUACAGAGCAAAGAGCUCUUCCAUGCUGAAGCAGGAUUCCUCCCAGCAGAACAGUGUCACGCAGCCACAGAACCAAGCCUUCGACCUAAUUCAUUUGUUUUACGAGUGCAUAAUCACCCGCUCCUCCCUUGUACUAAUCAUUUUGUUAUCUCUUAAUGAGGGGCUAGAGCUACUCAGACCGUACAGUAUCACAGAACUCACAUAAUCCACUUCAAAUUAGUGGAAGUGCAGAACGGAUUAAAACACGGAGAAGCAAAAAAGCUCCAGCUCAGUCCCAUGGCUCAGCACCCAUCAGCAGCUGACAUUUUAUAUUGUUUAGAGCUGGGGCAGCAGCUGCUUUCAUCUGUCAGCAGAGCCCCAGUUUCCCCUUGGGUACAUGCACCCCUAGGAAAAUCGGGUGCCUAGACUUAACUGCAGCUUAGCAGGGAGCAGGUGAGAAGCUCCAGCCUGGCUCUUGAGACACGCAGGGCUCAGAGCUGCACUUGCUCUCUCUUUCUUACUGCUCCUUGCAGGCCUGUGGCUGCAUCUGUAAGCAACCAAGCUGCUCAGAUG